AUGAAUUCAAUAAUAAUAAAAAAAAAAUUAAGCACUUUAUACGUGACUAUUCGAGAAUCAAAAUCACAAAGUUAUUUGAAUCCAUUUAUUAUUUGGAUUCUGUAUGUUGGAACAAGACUAAGUCUUAUAUUAAGAGUAGAUCAAUUUAAUGGAUAAGUAUACCAAGUAUUUAUAAUUUUUACAAUUUAGGAUAAAUAAUUGAUGCUAAUAAAGAACAUAAUCAAUUGGUUUCACUUCUUGACACCAAUCAAAUCUAUAGAGGUGGAUUCAUUUGAAUCUCUUAUUGUAAUUUUAAUUGCUGUAGUUCAUUGGUUAUCUUCUUUGAUCACACUAUUUAACAAUAAUUAGGUGAGAUUUUUCAAUUAAUUUCAAAACUAAUAUUUUACAUAUUUGCAAAUGUUAUAUCUGUAUCCAUCUUUUAUACAUAUUCAUUAAUUAUAAUACAUAAAUGAGAAUUAAAUCACAGUUAUUAUUAUAUGCAUAAUACCUAUUAUUUUAAAUUACUCUAUAUUUACAUAUAUUUAAAGGAAUUAUUCAUUACCAAGUAAUAACCCUUUUACAAAAAGAUAUCGUCCAUACAAUUACUUAGUAAAUUUAACAGAGAUAAUAACUUUGGUAUUAAUUCCUUAUUUUGAUGAAAUAUUUUAAUCAAUAUUUCUACUGAUUUAAUUCCUAAUUCAAUUAUGUGAUUCAAUUUUAAACUAGCCAUUCCCAUAAUAAAUGAAUUUGAAUUAUUGCAUUGGAUCAUCAAUACUAUUCUAUUGUUCUAUAUUUAAAUGUUUAAGUAUUUACUGGACUGAAAUGGAGUUCUUGUAUUUUUGUUUAAUUUACAUUCCUUUUUUAACUGUUAUAACAAAGAAGUUAUUAAAAUUAAUAUAUGAAUAAAAUUUAGAAGAUAAAGAUUUAAAUAAAUUUUUAAUUCUAUAAAUUAUAGAUGAAUAUCAUUAAAAAAAUAAUAACUUUACACAUAUAAAGAUUUUAUACAUUCUAAGAACCAGAUAUUAAAUAUUGAGUAAUAAAAAUAUGAGAUCUGAUAUAUAAUUUAAUGAUUAUAUUUUUAUAAUGUUUAAUAGAUAUAUAGAAUAAUUACCAAUACAAGAGAAAUAUAAAGAUGAAGAUUUACAUACUUAUAAGAUUUAGUUUCUUUAUUAUACUUAUGAUAAAUAAAAUUUAGCUUAUAUAUAAAUAAAAUAGUUUUAAAUAUAUUAAGAAUUUUAAAGUCUUUACUUUAGUAUAUUAGAAGGAUUUUGUUCUGAAAUAAUAUAGAAAAGAAUAAAAAAACAAAUCUAAUAACAGUAAGGAAGAUUAGAAUUAUAAUAAAUAAGAUAAAGUUAAAUGUUAUAAGAAAAAUGCUAAUCAAUUAUUGUAUAGAUUUUAGAAUAAAAAAUAAAAUAUUGGGAUUAAUUAUUAAAUGGUUAUGAGAAUAUUGAAUAAUUAAGUGAUGUUUCAGUUAGUUUAAGUUUAAAAGUAGAUAAUUUAAAGACUAUAGUAUUUAAGGAAUUAAAUAUUUAAAUAUUCACUUUAUAGAAAGAAUUGUUUAGAUUAAAUUUAAUAGAUUUACGUUUAUUAUCUCAAAUAUUUGCAACAGUUUUAAAUGAUUAUCAUAUAACACUUUAAAUUGAAUAAAGAAUAGAAGAACUUCUUAAUUUGGAGAGAAAUAUUUCAACUAGGAAUAUUCAAAAUAUUGGAUUAUUAAAUGAUGAUGUUAUUAUAAUUCCUGUAAGUAUGAUAAAAAAUCAAGGGUAGAUUUUAAGUAAAAAUAAAUAGAAAUUAUUCAAAUUCUUUAAAUUUUUAAAUGAUGAUUCAUAUCAAUAAAUAUCUCAUAUCAAUUAAAUUUUACCAUUAUAUUUGUAAACUAAACAUGAUAAAUUUUUAAAUAAAUUUCUUUAAACUGGAGAAUCAUCAUUAUUUAUUAUCAGUUAAGAUAUAUAUCCAAUUUAUAAUUCAGGGUUUUCUUUUAGUGCUACUCUUUAAUUGAUCCCAUCUUAUGAUUAAAUGGAUGAUUAUAUAUUGUCAGCAGUUUUAAAGAGAAGCACAGAAAAUUACGAUUUUAUUUUAUUUGAUGAAACUGGUAAAAUCUUAGGUUUGACAGAAUCAAUUCAUUAAAUUUUAUUAUACAAUACUAAAUCAUAGAUUAUAGAUGGAUUAGAUAACAAUAUAUUAAAAUCUUAUAUAUAUUUUUGGUUUAGAGAUCUUUUACUUUUAAUAAAUGAUUAAUAAGAUGUAUUUACUGGAUAAUAAACAUAAUAAUCUGCUUUAAAUAUAUAAACUACUAUUAUUCAACCAAUAAAUAAUUUAUAAUCACUUAUUAAAGAUCAUGAAACUUUUAGAAAAUAACAUUUUUUAACUUAAACACAUACUAUGAAAACAGAAUAAGAUGUAUAAACAGAUUAAAAAAAAUAAGUUAAAAUUACUUGUUUUGAAUAAAGUUAUGUUAAUUAAACAAAUGAAUUUAUAAAUGAUUAAUUGCUUAAAAUGCAUUAGAAUUCUGUUUAUUUUUAAGUUACAUUUAUGGUACACUUUUAAAGAAUGUAGGAUUGUCAUCCAAUCUUUCUUUUAUCUAUUUCUGAAUAUUUAUAAAAAGAAUAGAAAUAUACAGGAACUUAAAGUGCUUAUAGUUCUUUGAUUAAAACAAGAACUUAAUUAGGAAUGAAAAGUGAAUUUUAAAUACAAACUGAGUAAGAUAUUGAUGAGUUACAUUAAGAAUUUUUAAUAAAUUAAACUAUUAUUAAUAAAUUAUUAAUUAGAGAUGGAUUACCAAAUUCAAGAGAAUUAGAUUAAAAAGAGGAUGAUUCAAAUAUUUAGAAUAUAAUUGAUAGGGAUUAAAAAGAAAGUAAUUUAAUUUCUCCUAGAUCAAACAGAGAAAUAUUAAUUUAAAAAGGUUUAAUAGAAGAAGACUCAGAUUAUAUAAGAGGAAAUGAAUCUAAUAUCAUUAAAAGUAGUUCUUAAAAAGAUAUAAAAGAAAAUAUUUAAUAAGCAAUUUUACAAGAAUAAAAUAUUGAUUUUGCUCAUGAAAAAUAAUCUAAAUCUAGUGCUACUUCUGAUAAAACAUAAAAUUCAAUAUAUAAUUUAAUGAGGAAAUUAUAAUAUACUUAAUAAUUUUAAACUUCCAUAAUAAAUGCUAUUUUCUUAACUAAUAUAUUAACAGUAUUUUUGAUUAUCAUUGUAAGUGUAGAAUUAUCAAUAGUUAGAGAUCAUACAAAUUAAUUAGAAUAUAGUAUACCUUUAGUUAGAGUGCCUUAAAGAUUUAAUAGAUUAUAUUGUACUUUUCUUACAGUAGGACAGUUAGAAUUAUAAUCAAAAUUAUUGAAUUAAUCUUAUGGUGAAUAUUAUGAUUACAGAAUUAAAAAUGAAAGUGCUUCAAAACGUGCUGAAAUUUAAUCUUUAAUGACAGAAAUCUUAAAUGAAUUUUCAUCGAUGGAGCAUAUGCAAUAAUUGCCAUUAAUGGAAAUUAGAAUAAUUAAUGAAUAUAUAUAUUUACAGUAGAAUGCUAGUAUGAUAGAAUUUGAUAGUUUAGUAAAUGAAUACACUGAUUAAAUAAAUUAAUAUCUCUAAAAUAUUGAUGAAAAUACUGAAAAUAUUAAAUAAGUUUAAAUUCUUUUAUAAUUUUUAAAAGGCAAUUUAAUCAACUAAUUGGAUCUUACAAUAGCAAUUGUUAAUUAAAUUGAAGACAAUUUCUAUAAUCUUAUAUCAAUAAAUCAUAUGGAAGAAUUAAUAUUUUUAAUAAUAUUUCUUUUGACUAUUAUUGCAAUGCUAAUUUUACAAUUUAGAUAAUGGUUAUAACCAUACAAAUAUAUGUAAACAAUUUUAUUAUUAAUUGGUAAAAUAUCAGAAAGAGACAUAGAAUUAUCUGGAUCUAGAGUAUAUUUUCUAUUAGAAAAACUCAAUCGUAACAAUUCAACUUGGAAAAAUAUUAAUUAUUUUCGUGAUUUCUUUUGGUAAUCAAAGAGAUCUACAUCUUAUAAGACUUUAAGGAUAUCAUCUUCAGAAACAACAAAAAAUAAAAAUAAUGUAAAAAAUUAAUAAUAAAGAGCUAAAUAAACAUCUCGUAUUUAAGAAACUUCAUUUUCAAUUAAAAAUAUUUAAAUAAUUCUAUUGCUUCUUUGUUUAUUAUUAUCAAGUUAUGCCAUAUCUGCAUUUGUUAUUAUGUAAACAAAUAUGAAUAAUAGUCAACCAGAACUUAAUAUAGCUAUGGAAUUUGUUAAAUUUAAAUAAGAUCUUGAUGGAGUAAUGAUUAUUUGUUAAUUAUUAAAAGUUUAAUAGAUUUUAAUUGAUGAAACUAUGGCUAGUGGAAUAUUCAAAAUGAAUCCAGAAUUAAAUACAAGAGAUAAAUACUUUUAAACAUUAUCAACUGAAUUAUUAGCUGAAUUUUCACCUUUAAUAAUUGAAAUGGAUAAGAUUUAUUCAACAAUUUAUAAUAAUGUAAUAGAAUCAAAGAAAAUAAGUGAAGAAAAUAAAUAAUUAUUACUAAAUUUAUAUGAAAAAGAUCUUUGUGAAAUUAUCCCAACAAUAUUACCUUUUUGUGCAUAUGAAAAUGAUCAAUUUCUUUACUUUCCCAACUUUCCAGCUGCCAGUUCUAAUUUAAAUAAUAAACAAAUUUAUAAAUAUGGAAUUAAUGGAAUUUAUUAAUAGUAAGAUUUUUAAUAUAUAUAUUAGAAUUAUAUCAAUAUUUAAUACACAUUAUUCAUAGGAAAUAAGUGGAUUAAAGGAUACUAAUCUUACUAAUAUUAAUUAAUUUCUAUAAAGUCCUGAAUAUGUUUAAACAAUAUUACCUUACUUUUUUGAUUUAAGUUAUGCCAUUCUUUAAUUCUAUUACACUAUUAUAUAGGCAGCUCUAGAUAUUUUAGAAAAUGAUUAUUAAAUGGUACUUUAAUUUUAUAUAAUUGCUGGUGUUGGAUGCAUUAUUAUAUUAUAUUUAGUAAUUAUGUUAAGAGCAAUUACAUUAUAAAAAAGAGUUCGUCUUAUUAGAUAAGUAUUAAUUGUUAUACCACAUGAAUCAUUAUAAGAUUAAUCUAUACUGAAUUCUAUAAGGAAGAUUGAUAGAAACCUAUGA